AUGGGAAAGGCUCCAUCCGCCUCGCCUGCUCCUGCCGACGCACGGCCCCAUAUCCUCGGAAUGACCACGGAAGAGAAGCCACGGUGCGAGGGACGCCUUCCCACGAACGCUGGGAAAAAGGAGGUCGGAGGAGAGGACCCUGUCCCAUCCAACAACUUGCUUCGCUCUCGAUCGAUAGCGAAUUCAAAACCGAGCGAGAAAAAGAAAAUUGCUCGAUUUGGACUGGCUUCGCAACCUGGGUCUGCCCGGACGGUUUCAAGAUCGCAGCCGAAGCGGAACCAUGACCGACGCGUGCUUCGUCCCCCUUCCAAGGACCUGCACCCGUCCGAUCGGCCCAUUUUCCGUUCCUCCCUCGUCUUUUCCUCUCGUCGGCCGCAGACGGAACGAAACGAGGAGGAUUCCACUCGAUUCGAGAACGAGGGGCCGUUUCCAGGAUCGGCCCGAUUCAACAUCACCUUCGACGAGCUCAUUUUGACUAUGGAACCCCUAUUCCCCACCGACGGGGAAGCCAUGUUCACCAUGGAACAGCUCCACCGCCUGGGAAUCGGCUUUCACGAUCGCCCUCGGAUUCUCUAUCGUCAUUCUGGAGACCGAACUGCUUCUUCUGGAGACCGAAAGAUGCUCGACUUCCGAUUGGAAUUCACGACGACGACACCACAACCCAAAAGACCGUUUCAUCUCACGCACCCGACCGGCCCCAAGGCCCCACCGAGGAGUCCCAGAAACACCACGUUGAGCUUGACGGAACACCAGAGGACGUGA